CCGCCCCCGAAAAAUAUGACCAGCGGCGCUUGGAUGCAGCCACGGGAACAUGCCGCCGCCGCCGCCGCCGCCGCCCUAGCCGCCCGCCUGGGCCAGCCGGGCCAGCCCGAGAAGCCGUGCGCCGACUCGGAGCGGGCGCAGAAAUGGCGUUUGUCGCUGGGCUCGCUGCUCUUCUUCGCCGUCCUCCUCUCCGACCGCCUGUGGCUCUGCGGCGCCGCCGCCGGCACGCGGCUCCGAGCUGAGGCCAGGAGCUCGGCCAUGGCGGCGCCCGAGGCCGCCCUGCGGAGGGCCGCGCAACCGGAGCGCCGAGGGCCCCGCCCCGCCGGCCCCCCCGCACUGCGCCGCCGCCGCCGCCGCCGCGCCCCCGCGCCCGGACCUGGCUCGGCCUGCUCCCAGCGGCGCCUCUUCCAGCAGGGCUCCCUGGCCGCCUUCGCCGCCGUGCCUCUCCGGCUGCCCGCGGCCGCCGCCCUCGCCGCCGCCGCCGCCGCCGCCCUCGCCUCUCCCCAGCUGGACUUCCUGGAGGGCCACUUUCGGACCUUUCGCCUCCCUUUUUGUGACGCUUACACGGCCUGGGACUUGCUGCUCGGCAUGGCCGGCCCGGAGAGCCUGGACUGCAGCUUGUCCAACCUGCUGAUGGAUUUCCUGUCUGCUGCUGCGGGAGCCCGGCGCGGGGAGGCCUGCACCAGCUGCCUGGAGGCGUAUCAAAGGCUGGACCAACACGCUCAGGAAAAAUACGAGGAGUUCGAGCUUCUGCUGGAGAAAUACCUGCAGGCCGAGGAUUACUCUGUGCGCUCCUGCCUCAGAGACUGCAAGGCUGUCUACAAGGCUUGGCUGUGCUCUGAGUAUUUUGAUGUGACCCAACUACAGUGCCAGCACCGGAUUCCAUGCAAGCAAUACUGCCUGGAGGUGGAGACUAGGUGUCCCUUUGUGUUGCCUGACAACGAUGAAUUGGUCUACGGAGGGUUGCCUGGCUUCCUCUGUACGGGGUUGUUGGAGAACCAGCUGCCUGACCCGGAAGCGAAGUGCUGUGACGUGCAGUGGGACUCCUGUGAUCCCCAACCGGACCGCAGCUACAACACCUCCACCAAAUCCACCGAGUCGGAGUCAUUCCACAGCCCCCGCCAUGAAGACCCCCAUCACCAGCAAGAGCAGCGGCAACGGCAGCAGAAGGAAAAGCAGCAGAAGGAACAGAAGCAGCACUAUCACCUGUAUUACCAUCACCACCAGUACCCUCCCCCGUCUCUGCUGCCGGUCUCUGCAGGGUCUCGCCUCAGCCACAGCAAAAUCCGGCUCUGCGUCCUGGUCCUUAUGCUCCUGCACACCAUGGUGUCCUUCUCUGGUGUGCACAGCAGUGAAGGCUUGAGCUUGGAGGUCCUUCCCGCCGUGGAGGAGAGCAUCGCCAGAGACGAGUGACCGAGCGCGAGGGCAGCUCCUCAGGCAAAAAGAAAGGGCGGGAAAGGCGCCUGCGGGGGAGGGGAGGGGGCAUUCCUUAUACCUCUUUUGGGGGCACCGGUUGGGUGACAUGCCAUGCACAGACCCACCCCCACGUGGAAACCCCCCACCAAGAGCAACUCCUCGCAAGGGCCCGCCCUGGGAUGCCCAGACGGCUUGUGUGGAAACACAGCCUCCAGGAGGGCUCCAUGAGUUCCUGGCCUGAAGCUGCAGAAGCCAGGCAGGGAAGGGGCUGAGGGGAAGGGGGAGCAGGUGGUCGUCUGCAAAGGCCAGUGCGAGGCUCCCGGGAGUGACCCCCGCUGCUUCUGCCACCACGUAUCCUGGGUAAGGUUCCUGGCCGGGAUGUUUCCCCUCCGGAGUGAGUAACUGGCCUGUGGCAGUGGCAGAAGUAGCUUGCCCAAGAUCCAAGUCCUACACGAGGCCCAUCCCAGACAACCCAGGGGUGAUGACAGGGUUCCUCCCUUCCCUGUUUCUUAGACCUCUCUGGCCCCUUCCCCCCUUUCUCUGACCAAGAGCUGCAAGAAGUGCUGAAGGGACCUUCCCAGGCCAGGGCCCAGGAGAAGUCAACAGCAGCUUGUGCAGUCUGGAGUCCCAUGUUCCCAGAAGGGCUGAAUUCCUUCACUGUCUGCCUAUCAUCUCUGUAAGAUGUCCUCAAACACAUGAAAUACUGUAUUUGCCUGAAAGAAAGAUUAGGCUUUUCUCCAAAGGGAUUACUUUCAAAAUUGGAGGGGCAUCUUAGAUUCGUUGAGAAUAGGCCAAUAGAAGCCGUUCCUUUUCUGUUCUUUUUCGUUGAGUUACAGCGUUAUAGUUUUGCAGGGGAAGGGGGAUUAUCUGCCAUGCUGGCUCAGGAAUUCUGGGAGUUGAAGUCCCCAAGUCAUAAAAGGGCCAUGGUUCCCCACCCGUACUCUAAGAGGUAGACAUGCUGUCUUUCGCACAAGGGUAGGAAGUUAGAAAUGCCCGUCUCCCUGUUUCUAGCACCCCCACAAAAAGAUUAUAGUCGAUUGAUUCCAAGUUGAGCCAGAACGUCCAAGCAAACACCUCUGAAUAUUUCCUGUGAGAAAUACCAGCCCAGAUGCAGGGUUUUUUGGGGGGGCAAUUGAUAGGCUUGGCUUGGCUCUUCAUAUAUUCUCAUUAACUGACUCGAGUCCAGUCCAGUUCCUGAUUCUUUACAGAAACCAAAGGCAUGUCCUUAUUCUUGGCUCAAUUAACCCUCUACCAAAACACUACCAGGUUUGGGUCCACAUUCUUUCUUCAAUUUGAAUUUGCUCUCUCUCCCCCGCCUAUGCCCAUGGGAAAAAUGGUUCUAUGCAGACACAAUGCAGGCAGGCUGUUUCUGAUACCCAAAAAUUCUCUAUCUGAAUGUUAAAUUUUCAUUCAAGGAAAAAGGGAGACUCCAAAGAGACUCUUGACAAGGAAAUAUCUCUCUGUCUCUCUCUGUCUCUUUAAUCUUACAUUAAAGAACCAUUUUUUUUCUCAAACCUCUCACGAAGGCCCUCACUCUCAGAAACGUGGAUAGCGUCAAAAAGACUAUUCUCCAUCAGCAGCAGUUGGUGUGUUACAUAUCAUCACUGAGAAAGAAGAAUUUGUGACAACAAUGAGGGGUAUAAACAAGAGGGAGAAAAGUGAGCAGCUCUAAGGAUGUGAUUUGUACCAAUAGAAGAGAAUACUUGCAGCUAAGGAUGGAACUGUGGGGUCCUUGGUGCUCUCUGACCUUGGUGGUUUUCUGGCAGACAUUUCAUUACUAAACUAAGUGACAUCAUCAGUGCACUGAUAUCAGUCUGCAAGAAAGCAACUAGACUCUGAGAGCAGCAAGAAUCCCAUAGGUGAUUUGUGUUCUUCUAAAAUAGACUCAUUUAGAGACACUUAGGUCGUAAAAAAAUUAACCCUUGUUCUUGGCUUCUCCGUAACGUCUGACAAAUCUUGAAGUGGAAUAAUUCCAGAAAUCACAUUCAUUAUGGAUUUUUGUGCUCUCUGGUGAUAUGUUGGGCCACAUUCCUUCCUCCUCAAAGAAAAGCUACUUUCUGCGUGGUUGGAAUUGAAUAAUCAUAGCAAAUCACAGGAAGGCUAUAUUGUUAACUAUUCAUUCAAUUCAUUAUCAAAGAGGGAACCGACAUGUUGGGUUAUUCUGCGGUCUGAGCUUUAGAACCUUCCGGGAGAUACUCAUCCAUCUCAAAUUUAUGAUCAAAGUCCUGAAUGCCCAAAGAGAGUCGUCUUCUUAACCCCACUGGAUACUAUGCAACAUGAAAACAAAAGUGCAUCUUGAUCCAAUCCACACAGUACAUCUGCCUCAAGUAUAAACUCCCCCUUUGCUCUCUCUUGCUCUCAGAUUAAAUUUGCCUCUUUUGAGGAGGAGCAGGAGGAAGAGGAAUAGUGAUGAUAUGAAAGGGGUGAGAUUGAUCACUCCAAACCAGUGUAUGCUUUCCAGAGGAUCUCCAGGUAAGGUCUACUCCCAAGCCUGUAACGAGGUGCCAGGGAUUGAAGUGCCUGCACCUGGUCCUUGCAGAGGUGUCCCCCCUCCACCUGCUUUGAUCCUUCUUGGUGACAUAAUUUCUAUAAGAAUUGGCUAUCCUUUAAAAUAUGCAGUCCAGUUCAUGAUAAGACAUCUUUUAUUUUUGAAACUAUAUGUUGCAUCAUGGUGGCAGAGCACAGUGAGAUCAAAAGAAGGCAUAGUUUUCAAUCCUAUUUAAGACAUACGGAAAAUAAAAUUCCCAUACUGAAGCAAUGCAGGGCUUCAUCCUUUGCAAUGACUUCCUUUGCCAUUCAUGAUGGAAAGGGCCAACAGGUUGCCUGAAUGAAAAGACUCAACAGUAGAACAGGAUUCAAUAGUAUAUUCACUAUUGAUUUACAAUCAAAGACUCAGCCUUUGUGUUACCUUUAAUCACCUGGGACUCAUAAGAAACUACCCCCCUCCCUGUCUUAGGAAUUGGUGGAUGGACCGUUGAUCUCUUUAUAGGUGGGGGUAAAUAAUGCAAUGAAUGCCAUAGAAAACCCACUUAAUUCAGGGUUAGCUUAAGCAGCCUCUGGUUGAUUGAACCAACGGAACUGAACCCAUUGAGUAUUAUUGGAUGAAAGCAAAAUGGAAGAAAUAUUGCUGCACUUGUGUUACUGAUUCCAACAACAGUUUCUAUUGCUGAUUAUUCUGAAUUGGACCCCAAAAGAUUGUCAUUGCUUUUCACAUUCCUGGAUGGUUAUUAUAAAUUCUCUUGGCUAAAUUGGGCAGAGGAGGGUGUUUUUUCUUUUUUUUAAAUUGAAUUAAACAGAGUAAUACGAUUCUGAAAAGUAGCGUAAGAUAAUUGAGCAAUCAUAACAGGAACAUGAGCUGGAUCUGAGCAAAACCCAUCUUAAUUAGCAUACGGCUUCUCACAGCAGCUAAUGAUGUGCUUGCCUGGAGGGGAGUUGGUCCUACUUCUCUCCUGCCUCUGUUUCCCUCCAACUGGUUUAGGCCCUAGUCUGGAGGUAAUACUGGCCCUAGUCUGGAGGUAAUAUUGAGUUUACAUGAUUAAAGGACACUUGAUAGAGCUAUCCUCCAUGCAUUUAACCAAUACCUCUUUAAAUUAUCCAGAUUACUGACCAUCACAAUGUUCCAAAAUAGAUCCUUAGGAAUUACACUUCUCCAUUGAGAAAAUUGCCCACUUAUCUUACUCUUUGCUUUGUGUUUAUUUUAUCAACAAUCUAUACAGGGACACAUCCUCUUAUCCCAUGGUUGUCAAGGUUACUUAAGAGUCUUUGAUGAACACAUGCCUCUUAACAGAAUAACAGAGUUGGAAGGGACCUUGGAGGUCUUCUAGUCCAACCCCCUGCUCAAGCAGGAGACCCUAUGCCAUUUAGAGAAAUGGUGGUCCAGUCUCUUUAAAAAUUCCGAUGUUGGAACACCCACAAUUUCUGGAGGCAAGUUGUUCUGUCAGAAAAUUUCUCCUUAAUUCUAGGUUACUUCUCUCCUUGAUUAAUUUCCAUCCAUUGCUUCUUGUUUUCUGAUGCUUUGGAAAAUAGGUUGAACCCUCUUCUUUGUGGCAGCCCCUCAAAUAUUGGAACACUGUUAUCACUCCUAGUCCUUCUUUUCAUUAAACUAGACAUACCCAAUUCCAGCAACUGUUCUUUAUAUGAUUUAGCUUCCAAUCUCCUAAUCUCUGUUGCUCUUCUCUGCACUCUGUCCAGAGUCUCCAUAUCUUUUUUACAUCAUGGCAACCAAAAUGCAGUAUUCCAAGUGUGGCCUUAGCAAGACCAUAUAAAGUGGUACUAACACUUCACGUGAUCUUGACGUGGAAUUUGAAAGAUUGGAGAGGGAGGAUUAAUCUUUAUGGAAGACAUGGUGAUUUUCCUUCAGCAGAGCUUCUGUGUUUAGAGUAGUUUUUUUUUAAUGUAAUCAGAAUUUCACCAAUUUAUCUGGAACAGACAUUUGAUUUGUCUAUAUUUUCCUGGGUCUCCUUUCUAAAACGUGCAUCCAGUUUGAAGGACAUUAUUCUUUAUUUUUGUUAAAUCAUCAGACUUUGAAUUAUUUAAGAAUUGGAUCACAUCCAACUGGCAAUUUGUUGCUGGGUAGUUUCUAAAGACAUCUGGAAAAUAUUAUUAUCACUGUUUACUUGCAUACUUCUCAUUGCCUCCUUGAGAAAGACACUAGCAAUAGCACUUAGACUUAUAUUUAUUUAUUAUUAUUUAUUAGUUCGAUUUAUAUGCCGCCCUUCUCCGGAGACUCAGGGCGGCUUACAAUGCAUUAAGCAAUAGCCUUCAUACUUUUUGUAUAUACCUGCUUAGUAGGGCUUUUUUGCCCCGCCCCCAAGCAGUGUUCUUUUUAUACAAAGUCAGCUUAUUGCCCCCACAAUCCGGGUCCUCUUCAUAUACCGCUUCAUAGUGCUUUGCAGCUCUCUCUAAGUGGUUUACAGAGUCAGCAUCUUGCCCCCAACAAUCUGGGUCCUCAGUUUAAUGACUCAGAAGGAUGGAAGGCUGAGCCAACCUUGAGUGAGUGAGAAUUGAACUGCCAAACUGCUGGCAGUCGGCAGUGAGCAGAAGUAGCCUGCAGUACUGCAUUCUAACCAUUGUGCCACCACAGCAAUACAGGUUCAUAUGACGUUAAUAUAAAAGCAGAUUCAUCUAGUUUCUUUGCAAACUGCAUCAUUCCAUAGUGUCUCUUUUUACUACUUGACCCAGUGGCCCAAAUGGUUCUCUGGCCAGUUUUUGACUUUGAACAUAAGUUCUUACUGUUUUCCUUUAGUAUUUUUUGCCACAUGCUCUUCAAUUAUUACCAUUUUAUUUGCAUCUCUUAUCACCUACUUUCUGUGCCAAAGUCUGUGCCCCUUUCUGUUCUUCGUGAAGUGGGCUUUCCAUUUCUGAAAGGAAAUUUCUGAACUUUUACAGCUACGUAGAUGCUACUUAAACAUAUUAGGAGCCAUUUCCCAGACUUGGUUGAUCCUUCUCUUCUAAACAGGAUACAUUCUACUUCAGUUACUGUAGUUUGGAAAAGACUCUGUAGUUUGGAAAAGACAGAUUCAGCUGUCUGAAAAGCAUUAAAGCAGUCAGCACAUGGUUAGGAAGCCUGAAAUACGAUGGCCUGCCCUUCCCGCACCCCUCCAGCUACAGGGAGAGAUCACCCCAACAAAGUAUGCUUGAGUAAAACUGGCCAUUAAUCAGGAACUACCGGUACAAAACUUUGCUGUCAGCUUGGAUUCGAAAUAAAGGAACCACCAAUUUUCUUUUACUGGAUGAGUUGCAACUACUUCUGUGGCAGCACCAAAUAUACUGGGGCAGUGGGAGGGUGGGGGGACCAGGCUCCUACAGAGAAAGGCAGAGAGGGCAACUAGGGAACCUGAAGUGUUCGGAGGUGGGCAGUGCAGACUUUCUGCAGCAGGAGGAAUGCGCAGCCUGUUGAGCUCAGAUUCUUGCAAUUGCUGACGUUUGAUAGGAGAUAAUCUACUCUACACAGUUUGUUCUGAAUGAGAAAAGAAAGGUUUUGAUUCUACACAAUUUACACACCAUUUUCUAUAUAGAUUACUCCCCCCAUAGAUUUUUAGGUGGAGAAAGUUUGUACGGAAAUGACCCUUGUCAAGGAUCAUCAGAGUUUUUGGCCUGGUGGACGCAACUGGAAUUAAAAAAAAAACAUUUUAGGUGAAAUGAUUGGUUUUGGGGAGAGGCGGCUCAGUCUCAAAAUAGUUGCAUCUGAGACCAAAUAUAAAGCACCAAUUUAUCAGCUGGUUACUGUCGCCCCCUCCUGGUGGGUGCCACGGAAAGUGUCUCCUGACAUGGAUUUGCAAGCAGCAUUUUGGAGACUCCAGGCAGAAAGUUUUAAAAGAACAAGUACAGGAACAAGAAAGAUUGAAUGGGGGAGUGAAAACAUUUGAUAUUUGCUUGUGGCUCCUGUUUGUUGGGCGCCAGACUCACAAAUAGUGCAAGAGGAUCAUAUGGAGCAUAUGCCCUGGGAAGAGAAUGUUCUGGGUCUUGUGAAUCCUGUUAAAUUCUGGGAAUUGAAGUCCACACAUCUUAAAAGUUGUCAAGGUUGAGACACAAGGUUGUAGGUAAUGUCUAAGACAGUGUUUCUCAACCGUGGAAGCUUGAAGAUGGGUGGACUUCAACUCCCAGAAUCCCCCAGUCCACACAUCUUAAAGUUGUCAAGGUUGAGACACAAGGUUGUAGGUAAUAUCUAAGACAGUGUUUCUCAACCUUGGAAGCUUGAAGAUGGGUGGACUUCAACUCCCAGAAUCCCCCAACCAGCAGCGCUGGCUGAGGGAUUCUGGAAGUUGAAGUCCACCCAUCUUCAAGCUUCCAAGGUUGAGAAAUACUGGUCUAUGAUGUCCUGUGAAAAUAACUCCUGUUGAUAGGUGCUCCCUCAGAAAUAAUGAUCCUGUAGGAUUUUGUUUGAGGCCAUCUGAGAAUCAGACUGGCAGAUUUGAUAAAUCCAUAGAACAGAUCCAAAUGUGUUUAUUUAAAAGGCUUCUACGCCACAUAUUAAAACUCUUUUAAGUGGCAUAGAAGCAUUGGACACCGAUCGUUCUUUAAAACAUUCAAACAUUCUGUGUUUUUGUAGUUUCAAAAGUUCCUAAGGUUAGUCAGACCAAAUUGAGAAAUCAGAAGAUGUUUUAAUUGAAUAAAUUGCCAUUUUGCAUUUUAGAACACCCAAAUUAUUAUAGAACAUAGAAUCAUAGGAUGGAAGGGAUCUUGGAGGACUUCUAAUCCAACCCCCUGCUUGAUCAGAAAAUUCUAUACCAUUCCUGACAAACGUUUGCCUAAUCUCUUCUUGAAAAGCUCUGUUGAUGGAGCACCCACAACUUCUGGAGGUAAGCAUUCUACUGAUUAAUUGUUCUCACUGUCAAGAAAUUUCUGCUUAAUUCUAUGUUGGAUGUCCCUUAAGGAUCUUCCACCUGUUAUUUCUUGUCCUGCCUCAGGUGCUUUGGAGAAUGGGUUGAACACCUCUUCUCUGUGACAUCCCAUCAGUUAUUCAGAUAAGCUCAGCCACUUAUUUUCUUCCUGGUUCUUGUGAGGUGUAGUCUAUCCCCUGCCAGAAACUCUCCAUGUACAUAAUUUAGACCGUGGUCCAGAAAUCCUCUUUCAAUGGCAUCAUCAUUGAAGUCAGUGAUUUACAGUAGUGGCCAAAAUUGUGGAAACCUUUUGGAAAAAGUCUAUUUUCUAAAACUAGCUAAUAACACCACUUUUUUUUUGGAGUAGUACCAUAAAAUUAUGUAUCAAUGGAAAGAUAAUUUAAUUAAGAAUGUAAUCAGAAGUGGGUUUCAGCAGGUUCUGACCAGUUCUGGAGAACUGGUAGCAGAAAUUUUGAGUAGUUCGGAGAACCGGUAGUAAAAAUUCUGACUGGCCCCACCCCCAUCUAUUCUCUGCCUCCCAAGUCCCAGCUGAUCGGGAGGAAAUGGGGAUUUUGCAGUAUCCUUCCCCUGGAGUGAGGUGGGAAUGGAGAUUUUACAGUAUCCUUCCCCUGCCACGCCCACCAAGCCACACCCACCAAGCCAUGCCACACCACAGAACCGGUAGUAAAAAUUUUUGAAACCCACCACUGAAUGUAAUGGAAUAACUUUUAUGAAGAAUUUGUUAUUAGAAUAGCAGUAACAGUAUAAAGAAACAAAGUGAAACGUAGAAAAAAUGAGAUAUACAAAAAUUAUCACCAUAGAAAAAAUGAGAUAUACAAAAAUUAUCACGUCAGUUAAUACUUAGUUGGGUAACCUUUAGCAUGAAUUAUGGCCUUACAACAUCUUUCUUUAAAUUAUUAUUAUUUAGACUUCUAUACCGCUUCAUAGUGCUUUACAGCCCUCUCUAAGUGGUUUACAAAGUUAGCAUAUAGCAUAUUGCAUAUUAGCAUAUUGCAUUAGCAUUAGCAUAUUGCCCCCAACAAUCUGAGUCCUCAUUUUACCCACCUUGGAAGGAUGGAAGGCUGAGUCAACCUUGAGCCGGUGAGAUUUGAUCUGCUGAUCUGCUGAACUAGCAAUCAGCAGUCAGCUGAAGUAGCUGCAGUACUGCACUCUAACCACUGCGCCACCUCGGCUCUGUUCCCAUGGAGUGAACAAAGUCUUUUAGUUCUGCAGCUGUUAUAAUGUGAAACCAAGAUUGAAUGAUUGCUUCUAUUAACUGGGUUUUAUUGAUGGGUCGCUUCUGACUAACAAGUUUCUUUAGUCAGCUCCAUAGAUUUUCAAUUGGGUUAAGGUCUGGGCUAUUCCCAGGCCAUUCCAGCAAUGGAAUAGGAUUAUCUUGAAACUCCCCAAAAAAGUGGUGUUAUUAGCCAUCAAACCUCCAAAAUACACUUUUCCCAAAAGGUUUCCACAAUUUUGGCCACUACUGUACUUCUAAAAUCCUGCACUUCCUCAUUGGAUGUUGGCCUUCCAUUAGAAGUACAGAUGAAAAUACGACCUGUGCUCCCAUUUUGUUGGAUUUCAUGCCUAGAUACACAUAGUCUUUUGUUAUUGCUUUCAGGCUCUUUGUUGUCUCACACAUCCCCAUGUGUACACAACACAUUUCUUCAGACUCAGGUUUUCAAAGCAAGUUAAAUAAAGUGACAUAAAAAUUUAAAGUACAGGUAGUCCUCCGAGUUACAACUACAAUUGAGCCCAAAAUUUAUGUUGCUAAGUGAAACAUUUGCUAAGUGAGUUUAUCCCAUUUUACAACUUUCCUUGCCACAUUUGUUAAGUGAAUCACUGCAAUUGUUAAAUUAGUAACAAGGUUGUUAAGUGAAUCUGGUUUCCCCAUUGACUUCGCUUGUCAGAAGGUCACAAAAGGAGACCCCAGAACACUGCAACCGUCAUAAAUGUGAAUCAGUUGUCAAGCAUCUGAAUGUAAAUCAUGUGACUAUGGAGAUGCUGCAACCGUCAUAAGUGUGAAAAAUGGUCGUAAGUCACUUUUUUCAGUGCCAUUGUAACUUCUGUCACUAAGUGAAUUGUUGUAAAUUGAGGACUACCUGUAUUCAUUAAGUGUGAGAAGAUUUAAAGUCAUCAAAGUCCUAUCCAACAAAAUGCAAUUCAGUAAAGUUUUAUGCUUAGGCAAGAAAAAUGCACAGGUAUAGCAUAGGUGGUUCCUGGCUCAAGUAACUGUGAGAGGGACCUAAGGGUCAUGGUGGACCAUCACUUAGGUAUGAGCCAGCCGUGUGCUGCAGCUGCCCAAAAAGCCAACACAGUCCUAGGUUGCAUCAAUAGAGGGAUAGUAACAAGUUCAUGUGAAGUGAUAGUACCACUUUAUAUUGCAUUGCUGAGACUACACUUGGAGUACUGCACCCAGGUCUGGUCACUAUGAUAUAAAAAGAUGUUGAAAGCCUAGGAAGGGAGCAGGGAAAAGCAGCAAAGAUGGUAAGGGGUGUGGAAGCUAAAAUGUAUGAUAAUGGUAGUAGGUAUGCCUACUCUUAACAAAGAGAAGGACUACGGGUGACAUGAUAGCUGGCUUCCAGUACUUAACAGGGCCUGUUACAGGGAAAAGGAGUUUGACCUAUUCUCCAAAUAGGUCAAAGGGCAGAAGAAGCAGAAAUGGGUGGCAGAUCAUUAAAAAGCGAUCCAACCUAGCAAUAAGCAGAAAUUUCUUGACAGAGAACAGUUAAUCAUGGAACCACUUCCCCCCAGAAGUGGUGGGUGCUCCAUCUUUGGAGGUUUUCAAGAAGAGACUGGACAGCCAUUUGUUUGGAAUAGUAUAGACUCUCCUACUGAGCAGGAGGUUGGACUGGAAGACCUCCAAGGUCCCUUCGAAUCCUAUUGUUCUAUGUGCAAAGUGUGCAAAGAGCAAUAUGGAAAAGAUUUGCCAUGCUCAAGAAAUGGCGCCCUUUCUGUAAAAAAAACUGGGGCUUAUGUAGACAAGUUAGAGAUUUAUUCCUUUAUUGCAUUAACCAUAGUUCCAUUUUGCUUUCAAAAUAAAUUAGAAAUAGGGGAUGGUCAGGAAACAAAAAUAUUUAUUUCAGCCUUCAGCCACAGUAUAUAACUCUGCCAUGUGAUCUGAACAAUUAUUUUUCUCAGAUGAGAAUUGAUGGAAAGAUUUACUGAGAAGUUGGCACCUGGUCCCAUCCACCUUUCUUUUUUCGACAGUAUAACAUAAGGAUAACUUCAGGAGGCCCUGUUUUAGGGGUUUGAGCAAAAGGAUCCAUCUUUCUACUUCCUUCACAAAUACAUGUUUUCUCCAUCUUUAAGAUCCCUUAGGAAAUGUUUCUGUUCACAGCUUCCAAUUUUGUUUACCUUUCCAAAUAUUUUCUUAACCUUGGAGGAGGCAAGGGCUAUCAAUGCUGCGGUCUUUGAACAAUGAUGAAAAUGGAAAGUCUGAUCAUAUUUGAGUGUAUAUCAGAGAAGACCUUUCUUGAAUAGAGAGGGACGUGCAUUCGAGAUAGAAUUUACAGAGAGCAUCUGGAAAUCUUAUUUAUUACAUGGCCAUUAACUGUGCCAUUGCACGAGACCAAACAUAUCAGACUCCAUAAAGCUUGCUUUUGAUUAAACAGCCACCUGUUCUCAUUGCAUUCUUAGAGGAUAGCAUUUCAUAAACCUAUCAAGAGACCAAGUUGCUCGAGCACCUGAGAUUUCUGAUAUUACGGACAGCCCAGUCCUUCAGCUCUAAUGCCACAAUCCCUGAUUUUGCAGCUUCUGUGGUUUUCCCUUUAACUCUGCACAUCUGGUUUUGUCCUGAUUCUGUAUUACUUCCUAGAGCACAAAAUUCCAGCAUAAUUUCUGAACACAUCUUCCCAGAUUCAGGGUCCAUGCUGCUGACCAGACAAACAUCCAGAUUCUACACAUACUUACAUGGUUAAGCCUGCCAAAUAGCCACAUCUUUGCAUUCCUGCCAAUGAUAACUCUUGGUAGAGUAGUUAACAGCUCUAACAAGCAAAGCACAGGCAGCUUCUGGGAACUGCUUCCUAGAGCAGGGGUCUCCAACUUUGGCAACUUUAAGCCUGCCGGACUUCAAUUUCCAGAAUUCCCCAGCCAGGUUUAAAGUUGCCAAGGUUGGAGGCACCUGUCCUAGAGGAUAACUGUGACCCCCAAUAUGCAAAUUCUUAAAAGUAAAAGUGGGUGGAGGAAUAUCAGAAUGUCAGCUUUUCUCCCCAACUGUACUAAAUGAGGGUGCAUGCACCUAACUCAGAGGAUGUGAUCCCCAUAAUCAUUAAUGCACCCCCCCACUGUUUCUUGCUUUUCUAAAACAAAUGUUUUGAAAUUCAAAUGUGCAUUUAAAAUUCAGGGUAGACCUGAGAAUAUGCUUCUGUUCUUUUUGUGGCCAGAAAACUACUUUUCAAGGCAGAUUUGGCAAAGCCUCCAAUAUCCAGCCAGGUUGGUUUUCAAAUCCUACACGGUACAAAAUAAUAACAUACCCUAGAUGUGCUUUACGAACUGCAAAUGUCAGGGUCUUUGGGCUGUAGGUGUCUGUGGGGAUUCUCGGUCAUCCAGGCCAUAGUUGUCCCGAAGGUGCUUUUUCAAAAGGCAACUGGACUUUCUUGGUUUUGUCCUUGAAGAUGUUUCGCUUCUCGUCCAAGGAGCUUCUUCAGUUCUAAAGAGGCUUCUUGGAGGAGAAGCAAAACAUCUUCAAGGAUAAAACCAAGAAAGUCCAGUUGCCUUUAGAAAAAGCACCUUUGGGACUUUGGGCUGUUAGAAUAGCAGGUAGGAAAGGAAAUGGUCCAGGAAGACAUAAUUUCUAACCCAUUCUAACAUCUCAUUUCACAGGUAGGGUUAUUCCUCUUUUCCCUUUGGCCAUUGCUGUCUCCUGGGUUGAAGGAGCCCUUUCUGUUGUGAGGUUUUUCUGUUUGGGCAGGAAGCCAGGUCUAUGGAAUUGGGGUGCUGGGGGGGGGACCUGAAGACCAGGAGGGGGAAGCUCCUCUUUCCUCUUCAUGCUAUUGUUUGUUUAUUAAGAUCCCCUUGAGGGCCUUCCUUGGAAUAAAAGAGGCUAUGCCACCCAAAGGGGAGCCGGCCAGAGAGGGAAGGGUAUCAAGGCAGACCACCACACGAAUUGUCGGUCUGCUUCUGCCACAGAGAGGAACCCCUGGGCUGCGAUGGCAAGGAGCUUUUUGCAGAACAUGAUUGAGAUGUUUGGAAAACUACAAGACGUGUUGCUGAACUCAACCUUAAAACUCUUUUGUUCCCUCAUGGCCUUGUUUCUCUCUCCAGCCUCCUUCUCCCCUCAGGCCCUCUUCCCCACUGGCCCUCUGUCCUCCCUUUUCUUCCUCUCCUGUCAUAAGAAAAUGGCUGUGCUCUUUGAGGGAGCACUUUUCUUAGGUCAUUUUAUACACUGUGCUUCAUGUUUAGAACUUUUUUGCACUAGUUCCUAUUACAUUUGUUUUCCAAGAUGGUUUGACAAAAAAAACAAACAAACAAAAAAACAAACAAAAAAGGAGGGGGGAAAUGAUAAAAAUCAUGCUAUAAUUCAGUUGUAUUAAACUAUUAUUAUUAUCCUAUUACUCUCUGUGUUUCAAUAGUCUCUGUACCUGUAAUGCUUUCAGUUCUGUUGUAUUUUGGAUCAGGGAACUACUCUGCUCCUGUUUAACCCAGUAAAGAAAUAAAAUGUUAUGAAUUGAUAA